GAGGCCGGCAUGAGGGUUUUCAAGCAAUUAAAUGGCUUCUUUGCGAGACUCCCGAAAAUAAAACAUUUUGGAACGACUGCAUCAAAUACAUCACUUCCACCUGUCUGGGUGCUUCGGGGCCAGACUUUUGAUUGGCUGCCUGGACGUCUCUCAGCAGCUCCGAGGAAAAAUUUCGUCACCAUGCCGGAGAUGCUGGACUGUCAAGCUGACCUCAACCUGUACGUGCCUCCCUCCAGAGUCCGCGGCAUGACCAUCCUGGACCGAGCUGCUUUCACCAAGCAGGUUGUCCUCCCGGCCCUUAAGGUUAAGAAAGACAUCCUUCACAGAGUGGCAAAAUCUCUCAAAGGGGUCCUGCUCCAGCGACCAGGCCUAAAGAGAGUUGUUGACGAUCCAGAAGAUGAAGAUGGAAGGUUGAUUUUGUUGGAUCCUCGUAAAAUCCCUGCCGACUAUUCACUGGCCGAAGCGCAGCAAGAGGUCUUAAAGAGCUUUAACGUUAGCCCCGAGGUGCUCACGUACAACCUGGAACUCACCUAUGACCAGUUCAAGGUGGAAGACGUUCUACAGGCCGUGCUUCCUGAAGGCCAGGACGUAAUCACUGCAUUCAGCAGGAUUGGUCAUAUAGCUCAUUUGAAUCUGAGAGACCAUCAGCUGCCCUACAAGCAUUUAAUCGGCCAAGUGAUCAUCGACAAGAAUCCGGGGCUGACCUGCGCCGUAAAUAAGACCAAUAUCAUAGAUAGCGCCUAUCGCAACUUUCAGAUGGAGGUGCUGGCAGGAGAGGAAGCCAGUAUGAUAACAAAGGUGAAAGAGAACUACAUCACAUACGAAUUUGAUUUUUCCAAAGUCUACUGGAAUCCCCGCCUCAGUACAGCACACUCGCGCAUCGUUGACCUCUUAAAGCCGGGAGACGUCCUCUUCGACGUCUUUGCGGGGGUGGGGCCUUUCGCUGUCCCGGCAGCGAAGAAAAAGUGCACCGUGUUCGCCAACGACCUCAACCCCGAAUCCUACAAAUGGCUGCGGCACAACUGCAAGCUGAACAAAGUGGAGCAGAGGGUCCAGGCCUUCAACAUGGAUGGCCGGGACUUCCUGGAGGGGCCUGUGAAGGAAGCGCUGACUCAGCAGCUGGCCUCAAAGGACCAGCAGCAUGCCCUGCACAUCGUCAUGAACCUGCCGGCCAUGGCCAUCGACUUCCUCGACGUCUUCAGGCACCUCUUGGCUGGAGAGCCGGGCAGCCCCGAACUCCCCAUGGUGCACUGCUACAGCUUCUCCAAGCACGACGACCCCGCGCGGGAUGUGCAGGAGAGAGCGGAAGCCCGCUUGGGGGCUUCCUUGGAGGGCCGCUGCUCCGUGGAGCUGGUGAGGAACGUGGCGCCCCACAAGGAAAUGAUGUGCAUCAGCUUCCGCGUACCAGCGGAGGUGCUGUACGAGGAGCUGCCUUCAGGGGCAGGUGCAGAUCACCUUCAAGAACCAGCCUCCAAACGCCUGCGCCCAAGUGAAGAGUGCUCAGAAGAAGAAAGGAAAGAGGCUCUUUAG